GAAGAAGAACCUCAUCAGGAAGUUGCGAACCGUGGUCGACCGCUGUUGACGUGAACGUUUCAACUGGCCAAAAUAUGGAAAGUCCGGAGUUAACGUUCACUUUAGCCUACACAGUUUUCUCUCUGUGCUUCGUAUUUACGCCCAAUGAGUUUCGUUCGGCCGGGUUGACAAUCCAAAACCUAUUUUCGUCUUGGUUGGGAAGUGAAGACAUGGAUUUCAUACAAUACCACGUCAAGAGGAGUAGCACGACCCUACUGGUCCACUCUGCACUGCCACUCGGUUACUUCAUCGGGAUGUGUAUCGCUGCGCCGGAGAAACAUCUGCAAUACGUUCACCAGAUGAGUGACAAUUGGAGGGUGUUUGUUGUCCUCUCUGUGUGCCUCCUGUUGGCCAACUCUACACUCAUCAUCUACUGGUUCCGCAAUCGCUGGCACAACCAUCCUAUCAGCAGAGCUCUGCAGGCCCAUGUCCAACCUCCUCAUUCUAACUGGGGUUCAGUGGCCAGCAGCAUCAACACAGAGUUCAGACGCAUAGACAAGUUUGCUACAGGGGCACCUGGAGCCAGAGUUAUCAUCACUGACAGCUGGGUGUUAAAGGUGACCACCUACCAUGUCUACGUGGCUGCACAGAGUGACUGUCAUGUGACUGUGACCGAGUGCAGGCAGCACCAGCUGAGUCCCGACUCAGCCUCUCCCAUACAGCUGCUCACCCUCAGAGUGCACAGCAUCAACCCUGCUGUUAGACCUUUUGAUAUCAGGUUGAACUCAACAGAGUAUGCCGAGCUCAGAGAGAAGGUCCAUGCACCCAUCAGGAACUCUGCUAAUGUUGUGAUUCACCAAACAAUUAGUGAACUUUUCCUGGAAACGUUCCGAGCUCAUGUGGACCUCAACCAGCCCUACUCGCUCCCCAGUGGACAGGAAGUGGAACCGUGUAUUGGCUGUAUGCAGGUGUCAGCAAACACCAAGCUGGUUAGACUUUGUCAUGGAGAUGGAGCUGACAUUGAGCCUGAGUGCGAGCAGUGUUUCUGCAGACCCAUGUGGUGUUUGUCCUGUCUGGGUCGAUGGUUUGCCAGCCGACAAGACCAGCAAAGACCUGAGACCUGGUUGUCCAGUCGAGUCCCCUGCCCCACCUGUCGAGCCAAAUUCUGUAUACUAGAUGUUUGUGUGAUACACUGACAAACACACACAAUAGACCCAGUUAUGGCAAGAUCCCUCGAAGAUGAGUAUAUGCUUGCCUCUCCAUCUACUUCCUUGUUCUGUUCUCAGUAGAGAGAACUGUGGUUAAGUGGUAAUAACUUAUUCAAUGAAUUUGAAAUGGAAAUGGAUACGUUGGAUUGUAAAUCCAAACAAAUCUGAAGACAAUCCGGAUCCUAAAAAGGAUGACGUUUGAUUCUAGAGGUUUCACUGUACAUUAUGUAUAGACCGAAUAAAUAUUGUCCACUUCAGUCCAGCCAUGGCAGCAUCCACACUUACUAACUUUGGGGGCUGCCAUUGGUCACAACUUCGCACUAUCUUCUAUUAAAGGUCAGAGGACAAAGAUUGAAAAAAAAAUCUUGAUAACUCUAGAACCCCUUUACAAACUGCAUCUUCCAUUUCCAUUACAUGUCAGAUAUAGCAGUUAAAUCGAUAGAUAUGAUGCAGAAUGCGGCGUCUGCUUUUUGCAUCCAGCGCCUUCCGAUCUUCGUCUCUUUCCGGCACGGUGACGUCACACAAGCCAAACAUCCUGUUCAUUCGGCAUUGAACAGGAUAGAGUAACCACGCCCCGGCUUCUCGAGCUUCGGGUAUGUUCGGGGAGGACUCAAUAUGUGUCAUAAAAACUGAAUUUUUAGCUAAACUAUGGUUGAAAACUUGCUGGAAAUUACAUGCAUGUAUUACAUAACAAAAACAAUGCGAAUGUGAAUUUUAACUGACCCCAUAACAUCUUUGUCAUCUGACCUUUAACACUUGAUGGAAGUGCUGCUUCUGUCUCCUCAUACAUCAAUCGAAGAAACAUGCAAACCUCAGUGCCUUUGUUGACCUCUGCCCAUGCAUGUAUUCUUUUUCAAAAGCCUUAAAACUAUUAUUGUUGGUGAGUCAAAUUUAUUCCAAACAGCUUGAUUUUGGUCUCAUCUGAUCAUCUCAUUACCUUCUCCCAAUCAAUCAAGUGUUCAUUGGCGAACUUGAGAUGCAUCUGUACGUGCCUUCUUGAGCAGGGGGACCUUACAGGCCCUGCAGGACUCACACACACAAAUCACACUGCAGUUCCUACGCCACAAUAUGGACAGGACUUUAAAAAGUGUUAUAAGUAAGUCAUAUGAAAUCGUUUUGUUUUUUACUUUCAACCCCUCAACAUUUUCAGCAGCUUCAGACCUAGCCAUAGAUAUAGUUUUCAGUAUUUGUUUGAAGGUAUUGUGCCCUUUUUGGACAAUAAAAGCAGUAUUGUCUUAUGACUCUAAAUAUGCCAUGUUUUAAAAAAAAUUCAAUGUGGAAUAUUUGAUGUGUGGUAAUUACAGCUUUGAAUAAGUCAAUAAGUCAUAACUUUUUUUUGGUUUGUUUGUUUUUGUUUUUUUGCACAUUUUCAUUUUGGAGCAAUGACAGUUCUUUUAAGAGAGAUCACACUGGCGUCCCUAAGUCAAUGGACAGACUCUUCGUGUUUUAAGUCAUAUGAAUAUUUUAUAUUUACAUUAUUUCUAUUUUUACUUUCAACCCCUCAAAAUCUUCAGUAGCUUUACACCUACCCAAAGAUAUAAAGUUUUGCACAUUUAUUUUGUUUUAUGCCUCUUUUGGACAAUAAAAUCAGCAACCAUCAACAAAAAUGAAGAAAUUAACACUGAACUACUAACUUAUAACUGUAACUAACAAUAAUGAACGCUGAGCAAGUUCAAAUGCAAUUUAUGUUCUAUCUAAUACAAACAAUCUUCCCAAAUGGCCUGCAUGUGCAUUUUGCAGAUAUAUUGAGCACAUUUUGAGCUACAAUUAAAAAAAAGUCACAUGGGCCACAUGAGUGACCGCCGGCGGCAGGAUUACAUGCCACAAACCUGCAAAAGAAAACCAAAACAUGACAAGUACUCAAAGACCGUUUUGGAAAAGAGACGCAUUUCCUCCCCUCCUAGCGGCAAGGACAAAAAAAUACUAACACUCCAAUAAAUAACAAAUAAGUGAUGCACAAUUGUGCUUACCUGGUCCAGGUGAUCAACACUGCCUUUACAUGCAUUGUAGUCGAGGAUAAUUUUGGACUUUUUCUCCCCAGUCUCCUCUAUCUCAAAAGAAGGACGUUAUUUUCCUUUUUUUGGGCACUUAGGAGACCAAGGUCCGGUUGCCGGUAAAUGCAAACACAGAUGAAAGAGACUGUCCAAUGUUGAGGAGCUCAUGGGGAAGCUCGGCCUUGUUUUUCCUCCAAGUGCCUAGGAGCGCCAUCUUUUGUUUUUGCAACUCUGCAGCCAGGGGAAAACAGGUGGAAAAAAAAAAUCUGUUGUGACCAUGUAGCCCUGCAUGCAGCGUGUGGCACAGCUGCAGCACGACUCAUUCCUUGAUUUUUCUCCCUCUGUGCUGCAGCAGGCCUCCCCGUGUACACUUGCAGAUUCCAAGCGUAGGCCAUCUGUACAUCGCAGAUGGGUCCAUAUUGAGUCCAUAUUUUGCUGGUUUGGAGGGAAUAUACUGUUUGAAUGAGCAGCGGCUCCUAAAAGGGACCGGCUGGUCAUCCACGAGUACAUCCCUCUACGGGUUGAACAUUUUGGGCCCCCACAGGCUCCUUGCUACGCGCUUUUCGGAUAUAGUACAAUAGCACCCCCGACCUCCAGGAGCUUGCUGUUUGACCUGAGCGCUGGAUAAAUGAGUGGGAAAAUGGAGAGACAAAAAUGAACAAACAAGGGUGCAGACUGCAGAGAGUUUUUCUGUAGCUGUUGUGAAAUGUGUCAAUAACGUUCGCUGGUGUGGCUACCUCAACAUCUACAGCAAUGCUCCCACAGCAAUAUAAAAGUGUUUUUGGUCCACAUUGAAUAUGAGUAAGCCAGUGUUAAAUACUUUUGAGAUAUAGUUGCUUUGUAUAAAUUCAUAAAGCAGCCCUGUUUUUAAUCAGAUACAAAUUCAUGUUAUAGUUUUUUUUUAAAGGAGGGAGCACCUUUUAACCUAAGAAAAUAGAGCAAGUAGAUCAGAGAAAUUCAGAAUAUUUAUAGAUAGAUGGAUAGAUAUAGAUAUCAAACAAAAGGCCCUGGGGGCCAGAUCCAGCACAUCCCACGGUUGAAUUUGGCAAAUCAUAUACUUCGUUUCUUGCUAAAAUCUGUACCUAGACUGAAAAUUGCCUUCACUUUUAAUAACGUUGAGAUAUUUCAAGCAUUUUUGUUACCAAACCCCUUUUUAAAGUAAUUUUAAGUAAUUUUUUUUUUUCUUAUUUCCAUGUCGUACCUCUCUGUCGUAGGAUUGACAGAUUUGUCCAGUUAAGUGAGCCAUCCACCAAGUGAAUAAACACCUCACCACCAUAAUUAUAGUUUGGUUUGGAUUAAUAGUAAAACACAUUAAUCUGAGGAACAUACAUAAAUUACAUGUUGGUUGUGCUGCGCUAAUUAUGAUAUUAUAAUAACAUAAUAUUUAAAUUGACAUUUAGAUCUGGCAGGCUUUAAUGCAAGUGGUAAUGAAGGCUGAUUGGUGACAGAUGCGUGGCCGAGGAGGUGCUGAUUACUGCGAAGAGCGAGCGAGAGAGAGAGAGAGGGGCGCAAAGCGCCGCCCGAACUCCCAACAGAAGUACAGCAGGGCACAGCACAUGACACUGUCAUUGCCAGCAAAGGCUAUAUAACAAAGUAUUGAGAUGAACCUUUGUUAUUUACCAAAUGCUUAUAUUCCAAUGAGUGGAGGACAGAGGAGCCUCUUCAGGAAGAGGUUACAUGUCUGUGAGAACCAGAAAUCUUGUUUGUUUGUAGGUGAUCAAAUACUUAUUUUCCACCAUAAUUUGCAAAUCAAUUCUUUAAAAAUCAGAUGUGAUUUUCUGGAUUUUUUUUUUUUUUCCUUCUCAUUUUGUCUCUCAUAGGUGAGGUAUACCUAUGAUGAAAAUUACAGACCUCUCAUCUUUUUAAGUGGGACAACUUGCACAAUUGGUGGCUGACUAAAUACUUUUUUGCCCCACUGUAACACCGUCACGUGAAACUUGAUCGGCUAAUUUUCUGACGUUUGCCUUUCAUCGGCUAUUGCAUACAAUUGAUAAACCGUAUACUGUCAAAGACUCAUUUUGACCUAUGUUAUGCAUAAAACAGUGGAAGAUUUUGGAUUUUGAUGGCAAGGGAGCAUUUCUUAAACCCAAGGUUCACAUACCUUUUCUACCCUGCACUGUGAUGUUUACAUUGUUUAGUGAAAAGGAAAGGAAAGAUACAUCCCAUCCAUUUUCUUAACCGCUUAUCCUCACAGUCUUUCUCAACUGACUUUGGGCGAGAGGCGGGGUACACACCGAAUCGGUCGCCAGCCAAACGCAGGGCACAGACAGACAAACAUUCAAAAUCAGAAUAAGCUUUAUUGGCUAAUGCCAAGAUCAGACUAGAGGAUUUUAGCCCCGACAUUGGCCCGAUUAGCUAUCGUAACCGAUUCCCAGAUUGGGCCCGACAUAAUCUUCGACCAACGAUUUGACCCUACGAUGCUAAAAUGAAAUUUUGAGGGGGAAUACCUUCUGUGUAGUGUAACAUACUGUAUCAACGCCAACUUCCCAACAGCACACCUUGACGUCGACCAAUAGGAUUGCGUAUUGUGACCGACGCAUCACCCCUCCACCCCCGUGCUUGCCGUUGUCAACAUACUUGCACGACGUUGUCAACAUUUAUUCACGCACACAAACCAAUGUUUACCAAUGUUUCGAAGCUUUAGAGCAUGAUUCGGCAGAAUGCCGGCAUGUUUAUGUACAACCCCAAUUCCAAUGAAGUUGGGACGUUGUGUUAAACAUAAAAACAGAAUACAAUGAUUUGCAAGUCAUGUUCAACCGAUAUUUAAUUGAAUACACUACGAAGACAAGAUAUUUAAUAUUCAAACUGAUAAACUUGGUUGUUUUUAGCAAAUAAUCAUUAACUGAGAAUUGUAUGGCUGCAACACUGCAAUCUUUUCAAAAAAAGAUGGGACAGGGUCAUGUUUACCACUUUGUUACAUCACCUUUUCUUUUAACAACAUUGAAUAAACGUUUGGGAACUGAGGACACUAAUUGUUGAAGCUUUGUAGUUGGAAUUAUUUCCCAUUCUUGCUCGAUGUACAGCUUCAUCUGACAAAUUACAAGCUUCAGGUAACAAAUUACAAGCGACGAUCCCCCCCAAGUUGAGAACAAUAGCACACUACCCAACGACUUGAAUACCUUCUACUGCAGAUUUGAAAAGGACACUUUCACACCCCACACACAGCCAGCCGCACCACCGACCCCUAUCACACCACCGACUUCUGCGUUAACUAUCUGCGAACAGGAUGUGAGACGCAUCUUCAAACAACAAAAGAUUAACAAAGCGGCAGGCCCAGACCAUGUGUCCCCAUCCUGCCUCAAAGUCUGCGCGGACCACCUCGCUCCAGUCUUCACUCAAAUCUUCAAUAGAUCUCUGGAACUAUGCGAAGUACCAUCCUGUUUCAAACGCUCCACCAUCAUUCCAGUCCCCAAGAAACCUACAAUCUCGGGUCUAAAUGACUACAGGCCUGUGGCCUUGACAUCUGUGGUAAUGAAGUCCUUUGAACGUCUCGUGCUGGACCACCUCGAGAGCGUCACAGGUCCCCUGCUGGACCCCCUGCAGUUUGCCUACCGAGCAAACAGGUCAUCACACAACACCAGGUCUGCGAACACCAUCAUCCCUGAACUCCUUUCCUCCAAGCUUCUCCAGCUCAGCGUCUCACCUGCCAUCUGCCAUUGGAUUGGAGAGUGACGGGCAGGACACAGCAGGUGAGGCUGGGAGAGACCACCUCAUCCACACGCAGCAUCAGCACUGGGGCCCCUCAAGGUUGUGUCCUCUCUCCGCUGUUCUUCUCUCUCUACACGAACGACUGCACCUCAACGUAUCCGUCUGUCAAACUCCUGAAGUUUGCAGAUGACACUACUGUCAUCAACAAGGACGGUGACAAGUCUCCAUAUCGACAGGAAGUGGAGCGGCUGGAGUUGUGGUGCGGCCGGCACUACCUGGAGUUGAACACGCUCAAAACUGUAGAGAUGAUCGUGGACUUCAGAAGGCAUCCUUCGCCACAGCUGUCCCUCACGCUGUCCAGCUGCCUUGUGUCAACUGUUGAGACCUUCAAGUUCCUGGAAAUCUCUCAGGACCUGAAGUGGGCGAUCAACACCAAACUCCGUCCUCAACAAGGCCCAGCAGAGGAUGUACUUCCUGCAGCUUCUGAGAAAGCACCGCCUGCCACAGGAGCUGCUGAGGCAGUUCUACACAGCGGUCAUUGAAUCAGUCCUGUGUUCUUCCAUCACAGUCUGGUUUGGUGCUGCUACAAAAAAGGACAAACUCCGACUGCAACGGACAAUCAAAACUGCUGAAAGGAUUGUCGGUACCCCCUUACCCGCCCUUGAGGACUUGCACGCUGCCAGAACUAAGACAAGAGCGUGCAAAAUCCUCUCGGACCCUCCACAUCCCGGUCACCAGCUCUUCCAGCUCCUUCCCUCAGGUAGGCGCUACUGAUCAACGCAAACUAGAACUAGUAGACAUUCCAACAGCUUCUUCCCUCUUGCGAUCAACUUCUUAAACACCUAACCUAUAAUUCCAUUGCAACAUGCUGGCAAUUUGUCUUGAGUCUGUUGUCACAUUUCUGUCGGUCCAAUUAUAUAUUACUCGUGCACUCACUGUAGUAGUCUCACCACGCUGCACUAUUUGCAUAUCUGUUGUUGACCAACACUGGCCACUCAUGCCAGAGUAGCAUCUGCUCCAUUUACACACUGACUCAGGAGUAUCUGCAACAUUUCCACAAUCAACAUUGUCCCAGAUUGUCGUACUACUCGCUUGAAGUCUCGGCGCCCUUUGCACAAUGGUCAUUGCACCGGACUAUUGCAAUAUUAGUCUUUCGAACUGCUCUAAGUGCGAGAGGACUCUGCAUCUUUUUGCACAAUUGUCAAAAAAAUAAAAAUAAAAUAAAAAUAUACCGGCAUUACCAGUUAACUAUUAAUCCUUUAUUGCUCAGUGACUAUUUUUUCUUUUGUCAAUGUCUUCAUUCUCUGUCAAUUGACUGUUGUCGUACUAGAGCGGCUCCAAUCACUGGAGACAA